AUGGCAGAGGCGUGUACCGUACAGGAACCCUACAGUCCAGAGAUGUUUUCAAUGAUUGGUCGAGAAGAUACGUUAAACGGAAGCCUGUCAACAAGAUGUCCUGAUAUAAUAUUGGGAGAAUUCCUGGUUUCAUACACCGAUUCCAGUGGCCAAUCAGAAUGUCCGAAUGGUGCACUGUUAGAUGUUUGUCACAAUAAAAACCAAAUGGCCUUCAACUAUUCUCUGUGUGGAAACAGUAACUCUCUACCAGAAAAUUCAAAUUGUGUGUAUUCUCACGUUGAUUCUGCUACAGCCACUACCUAUAUCUCAAUCUACAGUCAAACAGAGUCUAAAUUCUACUGUAUGGCAGCUUCUGAAGACGGUAACCAGACAGUGUACCUGUCUCAACAUCAGAAUGACUGUUCAGAAGGUCAGAAUUCAACAACUGUGGUAUCUACAGGACGGCUGAUGUCACUAACCAUUGAAGUUAACAGUACUGGUAAAUGUGACGUCGAACCCUCUGACGUCAUCACGACAGACCAAUCCUCAACACCCAUCUCUAGUGGUACGGACGGGGACACAUUGAAUUUCGUCCAUUUCCGUUCCAUUUGA